GAGGCUGCAAUCCACGGACCCACACACCGACACUGUGGACCCGGUGCCAUGACCGCGUCCAAAGACCAGAUUCGGAAGAAGAAGUCCAAAGAGGCGCAGCAGGAUGAGGAGUUUGUGGACGUCAGCCCCCCUCAGAGGAACUGGAAGGGCAUCGCCAUCUCCUUGCUGGUCAUUGUGGUUGUCUGCUCACUCAUCACCAUGUCUGUGGUCGUCCUCACACCUGAGGAAGUCCCUGGGAACAGCAAGUCCAGACUGACUGUGGCCGAUCUGUACAGUCCAGAGUUCAGCGUCCAUAACCCGGAAGCCACGUGGAUCAGCGAUUCAGAUGUGGUGUACAGGAACCAGGACGGUCAUGUUGUAAAGUUCAAUGCUGCCUUGAACGAGACUCAAGUCCUUCUGACUAACAGCACAUUUGUGGCUUUCAAAGUGGCCAAGUACUCCCUUUCCGCAGAUCUGAAGUAUGCUCUUUUUGCUUAUGAUGUCAAGCAGGUGUACAGAUACUCUUACACGGCGUCCUACAUUGUUUACAACAUCUACACCAGGGAGGUUUGGGAGCUCAAUCCUCCGGAGGUUCAGAACGCCGUCCUCCAACACGCAGCGUGGGGAAGACAAGGACAACAGCUGGUUUACAUCUUUGAGAACAACAUCUACUACCAGUCGGAUGUGAGGAGUAACUCGCUGAGGAUCACGUCCUCCGGCCUCGAGGGCGUCGUCUUCAACGGCCUGGCAGACUGGUUAUACGAAGAGGAGAUUCUGCACACACACUUGGCUCACUGGUGGUCACCUGAUGGAGAGAGACUGGCUUUCCUCACCCUCAAUGACUCCCUGGUGCCCAACAUGGCUCUGCCCCAGUUCACAGGCAGCACAUACCCAAGAGGACUACAGUACCCAUACCCCACGGCCGGUCAGACAAACCCCACAGUCAAGUUGUCCGUGGUCAAUCUUUUCGGAGCAACACACACUCAGGAACUACAGCCCCCAGAUCAGCUCAAGCACAGGGACUUCUACAUCACCAUGGUGAAGUGGAUCAGUAAUACCCACCUGGCAGUGCGGUGGCUCAACAGGGCCCAGAAUGCAUCACUGCUGACAGUGUGCGAUGCAACUGUAGGAGCCUGUCUGAAGAGACAUGAAGAUUCUGCUGAUACAUGGCUCUCCAGACAGGGACAGGAGCCUCUGUUCUCCAAAGACAGGAACAGGUUCUUCCUCACUCUGCCCAUGAAACAAGGAGGUCAAGGAGAGUUCCACCACAUCACCAUGUUCACCAAAAAGCUGCGAAGUGAGCAGGAUGAAGUUCGCCACCUGACGUCGGGUGACUGGGAAGUGACAAAGAUCGUAGCGUUUGAUGAGAACAACCAGAUCAUAUACUUCCUAAGCACCGAGGGCUCAGCUCAACACAGACAUUUAUACAGUGUGUCCACCCUCAGCCUGUUUCCACGACAAUGUCUGACAUGUGAUCUGAAGGAAGAGUGUACGUUCUUUGAUGCUGACGUAAGUCCAGAUGCCCAACAUGUCAUCCUCUACUGUAAAGGUCCCGGCGUUCCAGCAGUGCUGCUUUUAAGUUUUGAUGAUGUGGAGUCAUAUUUCGUGUUGGAGAACAACCUCCCUCUGCGGUCGGCGUUGGAGACUAAACAGACAGUUCACACUAAGACCCAGAUGAUCACUAAUGACAACUUUGAGCUGCCUCUGAAACUCAUCUAUCCUCCUGACUUCUCUGAGUCCUACCUCUAUGGCCUUCUCCUUAUUGUCGGUACGUCUCCAGGGGAUCAGACAGUCACAGACGAGUUCAGGUUGGACUGGGAUUAUGUUCUGGUGGGAUCAGAGCAGGUCAUCGUUGCAAGGCUGGAUGGAAGGGGAUCAGGAUUCAGAGGUCAAAGGGUUUUGAAGCAGAUCCACCAGAGGCUGGGCACAGUGGACGCCGAGGACCAGAUAGCAGCUCUGGAGUACCUGAUGAAGCUACCGUACAUCGAUCACACUCGUGUUGGAGUGUUCGGAGAGGACUAUGGCGGCUACAUCACGCUCACGAUGCUGAAGUCCAUGGAGAAGCUGGUCAGAUGUGCUGCAGCUCAGGCUCCCGUUACCGACUGGAGCAUGUACGCCUCUGCGUUCUCCGAGAGAUACUUGGGUCCACCUUCAACUGAGGAGAGCAGAUACCAAACAUCCAAGGUCCUGCCCAGUCUCAAAGGUCUGCCCAGUGGAACUCUAUUCCUGGCCCACGGCACCGCUGAUGCAAAUGUUCACUUUCAGCACUCAGCAGAGCUCAUCAAGCACUUAAUUAAAAUCGGAGCCAACUACACUAUGCAGAUCUUUCCAGACGAGGGACACUUCCUGUCAAGACGCAGCCGGAUUCAGCUGACUCACUCCCUAAUUGGCUAUUUCAGAGGAUGUCUUCUUGACACGUCAUCGCUACUCGGCCGACAACAGGACGACGAGUGAGAGAGUGUGUGGUUGUAACUGGACAACAGACAGACAGUGUGUGUGUUCAUGAGUAUAUGUGGCCCUGGUAGACUGAAUCGGAGUGUGUGUUUGUGUUUUAUACCUGUAGCACAAUGUUUGAUGGCUUCUUAUUAACAUAUCAGACUAGUUUCUAUCGCUCAUCCUGUCAGUAGAAAGUCAGCUUUUUGUCUGAUAUCAUGUUGUAGUAUUCUUUUAGGAGGCUGUGAGAAGAAAACCUGCAGUUGUAAACAGUCAGAGAUUGUACUGUCACUACCUGAUGUGUACUGGAAACCUACUUUGUUCUACCUAUGUGCAAAAAUGUGGCUAACCUCCUAUGGCCAGUAUUUCAACCAUAGUUUACAGCAGUUUCAUAGUGUUAAUAUCAAGUAAUGGUAUCUUUUAUGGUUUUGAGUUAUGACGUAUAAAAUGUAGGUUUUUCUCAACAUAUAAACACAAUUUUUUUCUUGUUUUUGUAAACAGUGUUUGAUAUAUGGAGCUAAUUGAGCAUCACGGUGAUAGCAACUUGAUAGCAGUUUGCCCUACUGUCAAAAAAUUGUAUGCUAGGUUGAGUCUCCUGCCAGUGGCCUUGACCAAGGUACUAGCUUGGAUCAUGAGUUCAUCCUAGAAUGGGUUAAAUGGAGUUACAUUCUAACUUAUUAAAAGAAGAAGCUACUGUUUAACCUUCAAGUGGGUUGUCUGUUGAGUUGAGACUUUUUCUG